GUGGAGAAUGGCAGUUAACCUGGAACUCGCAAUUGCACAUCGCCGGUGUUUAAAUUAUUUUAGGAAUUAAAUAUGGCAUUAGAAAUACUAAAACAAGGUGCCGAGGGUCGUCUUUACCUUGGUGAAUUCAAUGGUGAAUCGUGUCUAAUAAAGGAACGUUUCGUUAAAAAGUAUCGUCAUCCGGAGCUGGACACACAAAUAACAAGGCAGCGCAUGAAGGCUGAGGUUAAGGCAGCUGGCCGUUGCCUGGCUGCUGGCAUCCUGGCACCACGCAUUCUCCACUCAGAUAUGACUGGCCACAAGCUGUACAUGGAGUACUUUGGCAGCGCCCAGACAGCUAAGCAGUUUAUACAGAAAACAGUGGCCGAAUCGACCGACGAGCAGGCAAAACAGCCCUUGGAGGAGCUGUGCGCACGCAUUGGCGGCAUCAUUGGCCGAAUGCAUGCCAACAACAUAAUACACGGCGACUUGACCACAUCAAAUAUACUUAUCAAUCCCAGUCCGAAUUCGAGUAGUAGCUAUGAUGUCAUCUUCAUAGAUUUCGGACUGAGCCACUAUAAUCAGGCGACAGAGGACAAGGGAGUUGAUUUAUAUGUGCUGGAAAGGGCGCUGCUGAGCACGCAUAGUGAGCAGCCGUAUCUGUUUGAGCACAUACUGGCGGCUUAUCGCAAGGAGUGCGGCAAGGACGAGGAGGCCGUUUUGGCCAAGUUUGAGGAGGUACGUGCGCGUGGAAGAAAACGCACAAUGAUCGGCUAGCCGUUCAUAUUUAACGAAUACUUUAAUAAACCGUGUUAAACUUACA